AUGUUCCGCGGACCNGCAGUGCUAGUGCGAAUGUCCAGUGUACUAGUGCAAGUGACCAUGUACACAGAGCUGCCAAAAGCCACCAGUACCUCUGCGCUGAGCGGCGCAGGAGUGCUGCGGCUCUUCAACAAGGUCGGCGAGACCGUCAACAAGAUCACCUACAGAAUGGACGAGUCCGACCCGUGGUUCGAAGAGCGUUCGACCCGCAUCGAAGCGCUAGAGACAUGUCUCCGGCGCCUCGCGGGCGCGUGCGAGGGCUUAGCGCACGAGCGCCGCGAGUUAGCGGCUCGCACGCACGAGGCCGCACGCGCCUGCGCCGCGCUGUCCGGCGCCGACCCGCACGCGCCGCUCUCGCGCGCUCUGAGCCACACAGCCGACCUGCACGAGAAGGUAGAACAGCUGAGGAUGGAGCAAUCGAACACAGACUUCUUCGUGCUGACGGAGCACAUCAAAGACUACCUCGGGCUCAUCAACGCUAUCAAAGACGUGUUCCACGAAAGAGUUAAGGUAUUCCAAAACUGGCAACACGCUCAGAUGCAGCUGACGAAGCGGAGAGAGAACAAGGCAAAGGCCGAGCUCGCCAACCGCCCCGAGAAGAUCGAACAGGCCGCCAACGAGAUCAUUGAUUGGGAGGCGAAAGUGGAGCGCGGCCAGCAAGAAUUCGACACGAUAUCGCGCGUCAUCAAGAAAGAGCUGGAGCGCUGGGACGAAGUCCGCCUCGGAGAGCUGCGAGCCACCAUCCUCCGCUACCUCGAGGAGCAUAUGAAGCACCAGGCACAGUCGAUCCGCUACUGGGACGCGUUCCUUCCAGAGGCGCGGGCCAUCAAAUGAGGCCUGGAGUGACGCGCCAACCACCCACGACCCAAGCCAACACCGUUGUCACAGCAUACAGGAUACAGUAGGUCCACUCCAAACAUCGACUGAAGCUAUAUUACAUCAGCUGGGCUAGGAAGCGCGCGACUUCUUACGCGUUGAUCUCGUUUUAUUUCCCGUAGAAUUUUGCGAAAUACCGUCUUAGUGAGCGCCUACGUUCUAAAAGGAACCCUCAUUCAAAAUUUGAGACUCCUAGCAUUUGUAAUUUCUGAGAUUUCGAGAUGAGUGAGUCAUUCAGUGACCUUUCGCUUUUAUAUAGAUGCUGUGCUAGGAUGCGCGCCCCUUUAUCUUAUCGUUGAUUCUGGACGACAAAUGUAUGGCCUUAUCGAUGAAAGUCGAUAAAAUAUCUCGAGGAGACAAUAAGAUGUAACGGCGCGCAUCCUAGACUAGCAGAUACCAAAUCGAGAGAAAUCCGUAAGCUUUGUCCAACCUUAGUUGAUGACAUUCUAUAUUACGCUUUAUCAUGUUCAAUCAAACAAUUUUUGUAACGAAAUAGCAGUUUGAAAUAUAACUUUAAAAAUGCAACAACAAAAAAAACAGUAUAAAGUCAAUAUACCUCACACUAAUUUUAACAGUUAAAACCCUCUCGGUUGUCCACAGAACAGUCGAUUGGUUCGAUUGAGUAUUUUAAAUAAAUGCAAAAUCAUGAAAAAAUAAUAUUCCUCAGAAUACCUCAACAAACAAUUUGACGAAUGAUAAAAAUUGAACACGCUGUAGUAUCUACCACAGAAAAGUGGAAUAUUUGAAGCUUCCUCUAAAAUCACUGCCAUUUUGCAUAGAGUCCUAAAGAGCAAGCGACUCUAAUAAUAUUCGUAAAUUAGUAUCAACUGAGUUAAUCCUUUAACUGGUAUAGAGAAAACUCUUUUUCAUUGUUUUGAACCUUAUUAAAUUCUCACUAAAGUUCAAAAUAUGGUGGCAUUAAUUAUCCCAACGCCAGUUAAAGCCUAAAACGCUUCGCUAUGACCCCAAGCUACAAAAAAAAUAGAUGUAUGCGACUUUAUCGAAUCGAAAUGUUUCAAAAGUUCUAUAGGCACUAUACACAAACAUCUAUACUCGAGAUGCAAGCAGUCUAUAAACGCCUAGCAAUAAGGCGUAGUUUUUGUAAAUAGGAAAUGUGCGUGCAUGAUUAUUUAAAUAUCUUUGCGAGUUGAAAAACAAAUCAGAUAAAAUUUAUGACGUCACAUUAAAAGUCAGUUUUCAGCAAGGUAACAUAAAAUAUUUUGAACGCACAUUUCCUAUUAAACCUACUUUCACUUCUUAUACUGUGACAAUGAUGUCGUUUCCCCUGGCAACACUGGCACUCUUUGCGGACAACCUUAGUUUUGGCUAUUAAAGGAUUUCAAAUACUUGCAUAGUUUUGAAUCAACUUUUAUGUUGAACGAUGAAAUCAUUAAUUGAGAUAAAAACAAUCAAUCAUAAGUGCGUAAUAA